AUCGGGUACAGCUGGGGUGGGGAUGGACGGGGGGCCGUCCGCAGUUGCUGCGAGUCUGUGAUGCCCCGAACCUGUGUCUUUCCACUGAUAUAAACGGUCAUUUUGGCAGCGCACUGCUAAUGAAACGCCGUCAGGGAGGAAGACGGAGCUCCAUGCAAGCCGUGCUGCCGAUCGGCCAACACCGCAUUCGUCCAUUAGCUUCCUGCCCUGUGAGACCUGCAGACUAUGGGGUCCCCUUUCCGGAGUGAGGAGAUGUGUCUGGCGCAGCUGUUCCUGCAGUCGGGCUCCGCGUAUGACUGCAUCAGCGAGCUGGGGGAGUUGGCCCUGGUUGAGUUCCGUGAUCUCAACCCCACUGUCAGCUCCUUCCAGCGCAAAUUUGUCGGGGAGAUCAAGCGCUGCGAGGAGAUGGAGAGGAUCCUUGGGUACUUGCUGAGGGAGAUCAGGAAGGCCAGCAUCCCAGUACCAGAGGCAGAGGUUAGGCCUUUGGCUCCACAACCCAGACAUGUCCUGGAGAUAAGGGAGCAGCUCCAGCGGCUCGAGGUGGAGCUGAGGGAGGUGGCCACGAACAAGGAGAAGCUGCAGAAGAACCUCCUGGAGCUGACAGAGUACACACACAUGCUGAAGGUCACUCACACAUUUGUGAAGCGCAAUGCUGAGCGUGAGCCUUUGGGUCCUCAGUAUGAAGAGUUCCCCUCGCUGGAGAAGGACUCUGUCACAGGCUACACCAGCAUGCAGCGUCUGGGAGCGAAGCUGGGGUUUAUCUCUGGGCUCAUCCCACGUGUGAAGGUGGAGGCGUUUGAGCGCCUCUUGUGGCGCGUGUGUAAGGGCUACAUGAUCCUCAGCUGCUCAGAGAUGGAGGACAGCCUCAAGGAUCCCGUCACGGGGGAGAGCACAGAGACUGUUGUCUUCCUCAUCUCAUUUUGGGGUGACCAGAUUGGGCAGAAGGUCCUGAAGAUAUGUCAGAGCUACCACUGCCACCUGUACCCACACCCCGAGAGCGACGAAGAGCGAUGUGACGUGAUGGAGAGUCUGGCCACCCGCGUCCAGGACCUGCACACUGUACUCAGUAGGACUGAGGAGUAUCUGAGGCAAGUCCUGAACAAGGCCUCUGAGUCUGUGUACACGUGGGCCAUCCAGGUGCAAAAGAUGAAGGCCAUCUACCACACUUUGAACAUGUGCAGCUUUGACGUCACCAACAAAUGCCUGAUCGCAGAGGUGUGGUGUCCUGUGUCGGCCUUGUCGGCCUUGCGAGGGGCGCUGGAGGAGGGCUCGAGAAAAAGUGGAGCUGUGGUUCCCUCCUUUGUAAAUCGGAUCCCAUGCAGUGAAACACCCCCCACCCUCCUCCACACCAACAAAUUUACCUCCGGCUUCCAAAACAUUGUGGAUGCUUACGGAGUGGGGAGCUACAGGGAGGUCAAUCCAGCUCCGUACACCGUCAUCACCUUUCCCUUCCUGUUCGCCGUCAUGUUUGGGGACAUGGGUCAUGGCGCCGUGAUGACUGUCUUCGCCUUAUGGAUGCUCGUGCAGGAGAAGAGCCCGACUGUGAAGUACCACAGGAAUGAGAUAUGGAGAAUUCUUUUUGAGGGACGCUACCUAAUUCUGAUGAUGGGAUUCUUCUCCAUGUACACGGGGCUCAUCUACAACGACUGCUUCUCCAAGUCACUGAACAUCUUCGGCUCAGGCUGGAGCGUGAGGGCUAUGUUCACCCAGGGCCCGUGGAUGAAUAAAACUCUCCACACAAACGGCUUCCUCACGCUUGACCCCAACAUCACAGGUGUCUUUGGUGGGCCGUACCCUGUAGGAAUUGAUCCAAUUUGGAACUUGGCUUCAAACCGUCUCACUUUCCUCAACUCCUAUAAGAUGAAGAUGUCCAUCAUCCUGGGGGUCUGCCACAUGACCUUUGGGGUCAUCCUAGGGGUCUUCAACCACAUCUAUUUCAGGCGUAAAUUCUGCCUCUUCCUGGUAUUCCUGCCAGAGCUGCUCUUCCUGUUGUGCCUCUUUGGCUAUCUGGUCUUCAUGGUGGUCUACAAGUGGUUGGCAUUCUCAGCGCGGGACUCCUGGCUGGCCCCCAGUAUCCUCGUCCACUUCAUCAGCAUGUUCCUCAUGCAGGGACAGGCUCUGAAGCCCCUCUACCCAGGCCAGACAGGCCUGCAGGUGUUCCUGCUUCUCGUGGCCUUCCUGUCCAUCCCAGUUCUGCUUCUGGGAAAACCGCUGUACCUCUACUGGCUGCACCAGGGGGGCAGGAGCCUGGGGGUGUACCGGGGAUACGAACGGGUGCGUCGUGGCAGCGAGGAUGAUACGUCUGUGAUGCGAGACCAUGACGCAGAAGAAGGAGGAGCCCACAGUGAUCCUGCCAGCAGGGAGACUCAGCCAGAGUUUGAUCUGGGAGAAGUGCUACUACAUCAGUCCAUCCACACUAUGGAGUACUGCCUAGGCUGCAUCAGCAACAGCGCCUCCUACCUGCGGCUCUGGGCACUGAGCCUGGCACAUGCCCAGCUGUCGGAGGUGCUCUGGUCCAUGGUGAUGCGUCCUGCCCUGCGGCUGGACUCCGGCCCCGCUGCCCUCCUCCUGGUGCCCGUUCUGGGUGUGUUCGCCACGCUCACUGUGACCAUCCUGCUGCUGAUGGAGGGCCUGUCUGCCUUCCUGCACGCACUCCGGCUGCACUGGGUGGAGUUCCAGAACAAGUUCUACAGCGGUGCUGGCAUAAAGUUUGUUCCGUUCUCCUUCUUCCUCCUGCCCUCUGCCCUGGAGCAGGACACCUUUCUGUCUGACUGACCGAAUGUGAUUGACAGUAUAUCCUCUCUGCUGUCCUCUGGCACAGUGCACCACGGCUCCACAGCGUGGACCAGCAGAACCGUGUCUUCAGUCUUCGAUGUCUGAUUUUCUUUAAUUGUUUAAUUUGACUGUGCAUACCCCCACCUAACUGGAGGCAGGGGUGUAUGUUUUAUAUACAGUCUGCCAAACCCACGGCUUUCUUUACAUAGUACAGGUAAUGUGGCACCGACUGGAAGAGAGCCAACAUCCUGCAGUUCCUGUUUGUCCUGUAGGAGGCACUGUAGUUAUCUGCAGCCAACUGUGGGGUUGCGGCAGGCAUUCAGAAACUGCGGCGGAUGAAUACCACACCCUGAUGGGCCUGUGUGUGUGAAGUGCCAGAUUCCCUCUGGACAGGACUUGCUGGCCCACUCUGCCCUCUACAGGAGACCAUGAGGGCAGCUCCGGCCCUCAUACAGCCUGCUUAUUAUCUUUUCCUGUGCUUCACACGGGGAGGCCUGGAGUCAAAGUGGCUGGAAAGCAACUGGUGGCUGGUAGUUUCCACGGAGUCUGCCAUCAUCCGCUGUUGUCUAUGAAGUGGAUGCUCAGCAGGAAGGCUUACAUGCUGCCGUAGAUAUGGGGCGGAGCUGUGAGGCCUGAAUAUCACUGAGUGCACAUGUAUGGUUCUGGAAAAAAAUGAAGAGACCCGAGCAAAAUUUUCAGUUUCACUUAUUUCUCAAUUUAUGAGCCUGUGUAAAAUACACAUUUUUUUUUGCAACUCCAGCCUGGCUCUUCCCUGCUUUUCAUUGUUGAAGGGCUUCUUCCUUAUGUUAUGGGACGUUGGUCCUGCUUCUAGGAGCCUGAUUUGAACUGUCCCAGCAGUGCACUUCACAUCGCAUAAUGUUUCCCGUUCCUUUUGAAGGUCACUUGAGGUCAUCCUCCCAUUCACAGGCACAGUUGGAUAAAUCGACGCUCAUCUCUGGCAUUACAAAGUUCCGUCUGUCUUCUACCUGCCUGGUUUCUGGUCCUUUCCAGUGUCCCCUGCUUCAUCUUGUCCUUGUUUACUGCUGAUUUAGAAACUUUGUGCCUGGAAGCUGCCUGCCUCACAGUGUAGCCUAAUGCCAGCAGAACCAGGAUUAAUCCAGCAUUUAAAAAUGCAUAUUUAAAAAAAUAUAUAUAUAGUGUGGUCUCUUCAUUUUUUCCAGAGCUAUAUGUGUGAAGAGGAGCGUCAAACACUAUUCUGUCCACAAGAGGGGGCCAGUACAACAUCUUGUGUGCGUCACGCAAGUGAAAUUAGGAGUGAAAAUAAUCUCUGAUUUUAGUGUUUUUUUGUUUUAAUAUUAGAGCUAUAGGUUCACUCACAUUUCUGUAAUAUGAUCAUUGUGCUAUUGCUAAUGCACUGGAUAUCCAGACAGGAGGCUGUGCCCGUCUGGCUAUGUAUGAACCAGUUCUGUGUUUUGCCUAAUUAUAAGCUAAUAAACCUCAUUACUUUAA